AUGUCCAUUCUUUGCAACAUGCCGAAAUUACCUUCCAUUGACCAAGCGUUCACAUGGUUCAUGAAGUCUACCUUGAACAUUGAAGACCUACCGGUACCCAAGGAACUAUUCCCGAAAGAGCAAGAGCAAGAGCAAGAGGCUUCGACCUCCAACACCUCCAACACCUCCAACACCUCCAACACCUCCAACACCUCCAACACCUCCGACACCUCCGACACCUCCAACACCCAAACGAAAACCUCGAACUACAAGGACCACGUUCGCUCCAUUGAUGAUAGCUUGUUCAUUAAACUGAUUCUGAGCAUAUGGGACCCCGAGGGACGUAACGGAAUCGUUGUCAAGGUGGUUGCUCACGAUGAAGGGACUUACAAUUAUUGUGUAACAUUGACCUUGGACGACGACGACGACGACGACGACGACGACCAGAUGGUUGUGCGGGUCCCUUUUAAUGGCACGCCUGAGAUCUGGACGGAUGACCAUGCGUUCGAAUUUCACACCGAAGUCAUGAACCAGCAAUACCUUUGCAACAAGACCAAGAUCCCAGUGCCGACUGUGUAUGAAUGGAAUGACGGCUUCGACAAUGUCCUUGGUGCGCCAUUCAUCAUCAUGUCAAGAGUCAAUGGUUGUUCAGCUUAUGAAAACCUCUGGUUCGACAUGGACAUGUGGAACUGGACGGAGGACGGCAAGUUAAUCAUUCGGGGUGCCGGCAACCCUUCACCUGAAUUGGAGGGUAAACGUCUGAAAUUCCUCAAGGACCUCGCAAAGCUCAUGGCGGAUCUUCAGAACCACGAGUUUGACAAGAUCGGAGCUUUACACAUUGAAGAUCGUUGGGAUGCACCGCCCCCCACAAUUGGCCAUUACUUCCAGCACUCCCUAGACGGGAGGUUGGUCAAGACUGGUCCAUUCUCUUCUACAGCUGAAUACCUCGAGCACAAGAAGCAAGAGAUUUAUGAGCGGGAUAUCAGCUAUGCUGAGGAAGAAGAGGAGCUUUGGGAGGCGAAGGGGUUGCAGAAGAUCGGCGCAAUCAUGUGUGAUGCCUUGCCCCGCUCUGUGAAUAAGCCUGUGACCGACGCCGCGUAUGAGACCAGCCCAGAGACGUUUGUGCUUGCACACCCUGAUCUCGACCUGCAAAACAUCUUUGUCGACGAGAACGGUAAGAUCACGGCCAUCCUCGACUGGAGUGGGCUCCGCACUGUACCACGCUGGGCCGGCUUUGCGAGCCUUCCUCUUUUCCUCCGCAAGGACUUUGACGAAGCCUACGAAUGUCGUCUCGAAUGCUCUGCCAAGUACCCACUCAUGCCCUGGCAGCUUGAGCCAUAUAAAAAGGCAUAUCACAGCUAUCUUAAAGAGGCGCUCGAUCCUAUGCGCAUCGGCAGCUACAACGAUGCUGCAUGGACGCUCGAGUCGGGUGCAAUCGGUGCCGCGGUCGAAGCUUUAGAGAGUGUAUGGUAUCGUAAUGCGAACAUUCAACGUCUCCUAAAGGAACUGCCUCAGGUGAGGGGCAUCGAUCUCCCGGGCCUCCGGGUACGUUUCGGGCUUCCAGGUGGCUGGCCAGAGGCCGAAGUUAUGCUGAAGGGGGCAUUUAAGUCUUUGUUUGCGCAUACCUAA